CAACACCACCCACACACCGCCCAUCCACCAUUCAGCUGUACUCAAGGCCAAGGACUGCAGGAUGAAGACCUGCUCGAGGACUAUUUGUUUGGAGUGCUGUGUGGUCUUCCUGGGUCUCAUAACAGUGACAUUUUCUUCUGGCAAUGUUUCAACUAAAGGACAGGAUGAAGGAGUUGCCUCUAACAGUCUGGAAGAUGGACUAAUGAUGACUACGUAUUGGUGGGGGGAAUGGGCAAAGUGGACAGCCUGCACACGCACCUGCGGAGGGGGUGUAAUGUCUCAGGAGAGACACUGUCUUAAGCAAAGAAAAAGAUCAACUGGUAAGGACAACAUGGCAUGCACAGGGAGUUCAAAAAGGUACAACCUCUGCAAUCCAAAGGAAUGUCCCUCAACUGGAAGAAGUUUUCGAGAGGAGCAGUGCUGGUCUUUCAACUCUCAGUUGUUCAAUGGAAAAUAUUACCACUGGAAACCACUUUACCCAGAUGACUACGUCCAUAUCUCCAGCAAUCCCUGUGAUCUUCACUGCACCACAUCAGACGGUCAGAGGCAGUUGAUGGUCCCAGCACGUGAUGGAACUUCCUGCAAGUAUAGCAAUUACAGAGGAGUCUGUGUAGACGGCAGGUGUGAGCCUAUUGGAUGUGAUGGGAUUCUUUUCUCUCCCAACACACUGGAUAAGUGUGGAGUGUGUCAAGGAGAUGGAAGCAGCUGUAGCAGGGUAACUGGAAACUUUCGUCUUGGGGCUUCCAGCCUUGGAUAUUCCUUCAUUACUCAGAUCCCUGAGGGUUCAUGGGACAUUCAGAUCAUUGAGAGAAAAAAGUCUCCAGAUAUACUGGCUGUGACAGACCAGGCCGGGAACUUCUUCUUCAAUGGCGCCUACAAAGUAGACAGCCCUCAGAACUUCCACGUGGCAGGCACCAUCUUCAAGUACCGGAGGCCCACAGAUGUGUAUGAGACGGGGAUUGAGUACAUCGUGGCGAAAGGGCCCAUCGAUCAGCCCAUCAAUGUUCUGGUCUGGAACCAGAAUGGCCACAACCCUUACAUCACUUAUGAGUACACAGUAAUGCGUGACCCUCUCAGUCCAGUUUCUCAGCCACCCAUUUACACUGGCUCUAAUGGGGGAUCUAGCCACCAGGUUUCUGUGGAAGUCAGCAAUGUGAGGCCCCACAAUGGCAGUAUGAAUGACAAGGCUGUCCCAGAGACACAGAUGAAGCAGGUCAGUACACAGAACAUUGGGACAGGGGUAAAGCCAGGCCAGGAGACCAAUGAAGUGUAUGAGGACACAGCUGCUAUAGACUGUGAACAGGAUGCUCCAACACCACCCCUCUAUCAAGAAGGAAACAGCAGCUGGCCAAGUGGAGUGGUUGCCCCUGGCAUUGUGCCUGCAAGCAGACCUGCAGAAGAGAUGGUGGAUUCGGAGAAUCUUCUAUGGAGGAUGCUCCUUGGUCAACACUUUGGGACAGAUGACAUGCUUGUCAACCAUUCAACCAAUCAGCUUCUCAAUAGGGAAGGAAGCAUUACAACUGAUGCAGAGCCUGUUGAGUUAGAGUACAGCAGCACAGAGCAAGGAAACAUUAAUAGUUCAUUUUUUGAGUUUACCCUGGCCCGACGGCGCAAUGACACAGGAGAUUUGUUGUUCCAGAACAGAACUUUGGUUACCAGCCUGAGGAGCAGCAACCGCACCAAUCGCACCAGGGGUCAUCAAAAGGUUGUUGGAAAAAACAAAUUAAGUACUGCAGAUAUGUAUCGCUGGAAACUGUCCUCUCAAGAACCAUGCAGCAUAACGUGCUCAAUAGGUGUGACAAGGUCAUUUGCUACGUGUGUACGAUAUGAUGGUGUUGAGGUGGAUGACUCUUACUGUGAUGCUUUGACUCGCCCUGAACCUGUGCAUGAAUUAUGCAUUGGAAAAGAGUGCCAACCAAGGUGGGAGGCGAGCAGCUGGAGUGAGUGCUCACGGACCUGUGGUGAAGGAUUUCAGUUCCGUUUGGUGCGCUGCUGGAAGAUGCUGGCCCCCGGUCUGGACAGCUCAGUCUAUAGUGACCUAUGCACAGAUGGCGAGCUUGAGCGCCCCCCAGAGCGUCGGUCCUGCAAGAGCCCCACCUGUGGCCCACAGUGGGAGGUGGCUGAGUGGUUGGAGUGUCCAGCAAAAUGUGGCCGCAAAGGUGUAGUAACCCGUGAGGUCAGGUGCUCCGAUGAAAUCAGGCCAUGUGAUGAGGCAACCCGGCCUCCAUCAACCAAGAACUGCACUGGUCCACCUUGUGAGCGCCAGUGGACAGUAUCCGACUGGGGACCGUGCUCAGGGCCAUGUGGGCAAGGAAAGAUGAUUCGGCAUGUGUACUGCAAAACCCCUGAGGGGCGUGUGGUGCCUGAGUCUCAGUGUUCCCUGGAAAACAAGCCUCUGGCCAUUCAUCCAUGUGGAGAAAAAGAGUGUCCUCCACACUGGCUGGCACAAGACUGGGAAAGGUGCAACACCUCAUGCGGACGUGGUGUAAAAAAGAGGAUUGUGCUAUGCACUGGUAUCACUGGUGGCAAGUUUCAAAUCCACGAGGAUGCAGCAUGUGAUGAAACCAAACGACUAUUAGAUGAAGACACCUGUUUUGAAAGACCUUGUUUCAAAUGGUACACAACACCUUGGUCUGAGUGCACAAAGACGUGUGGAGUGGGAGUGAGAAUGAGAGAUGUGAAGUGUUACCAAGGAAGAGAACUUGUUCGGGGAUGUGACCCCCUGACCAAACCAAUUAACAAACAGACCUGUGCACUGCAACCUUGCCCCACUGAACCACCAGAUGAGAACUGCCAGGAUCGUCCCAACACCAACUGCUCCUUGGCUCUUAAGAUCAACCUGUGCAGCCACUGGUUUUACAGCAAGGCAUGUUGUCAUUCAUGCCGAAAUCUGCGCACCACCUAGUUAUUGUCACUAGGACAAAAGAGUUGCCAUUUCACAGAGAUGACAUGAAUUUCAACAUUUUCAGCAUCCUAGUUAGGGACCACGUACCAUCUGCGUAUUAUGUGAACUGUUGAAGUUCAUAAAGGGUUGUUAUGUCAAAAUCAUGACUCUAGUAUUAAAAGAAAAUUGUGGACCAAAAACUAGACAUCAGCUUGAGUUAACUUUAUUUAACUAUCGUUGAUGUCAAUAUUAUAGUAGCAGUUUAUAUAUUUUGUGACAAAGUCCUAAGGAGGUGGACUACAUUAAGCAAACUUUAAAUUAUUUUGAUAAUUGCACAAUGAAGCAUAUUUAUAAUGCAUGAAAAUAUUAUUAAUGCAACAAACAGGCAGCGGUUGAGGUAAGCAUCAAAAGUUACUUCGAUCUUUAGAUAGAGGACUAUAUAAUUUGGCUAAACACAAGUUGACCCUUCAUCUACUGCCAGUUUCAAUUAUAUAUAUUUUUUCUUAUUUAUCCAUUACUUGACCACUGCUAUUGUUUAUUUAUUAUUCAGAAAAAAGAGUUCUCAUAAAAAAAUCCACUGUUCUAUUAUUUUCAAAAUCAGGUGUUGACAGAAAUGGAAUAGCAAACACUUCAUGCUAUCUAUCAUUAACUGAAUCCUGGCACUUGAACAUAUUUGUAAUAUUUGAAAUGAUAUGCAAGUAAUAUAUAGCAUUUUUGGGGCACAAUUUAAUCAGUAUGAUAUUUUCUUGUUGUUACCUCAGUGUAUAAAAGACAAUCAAAAAUAUACUUCAAUUAUUUUAUUGUCAAAAAAUUUUACAUUUUAUGUUAUCAAUAUAUGACCAAUAAUAUGUUAUCAAUAAUAAUUUUGUGUA